AUGGACGAAGCAAAGAAGCAGCUCUCGGCAGCCUUGAUGCAAUCGAAGGCGAGUGUGGUAAAUUGGUGGAUAUCGCAGACCGUUGGUUCUGCUCGUCUUCCCAAACCCGCGGAAUCUCUCUCCCCAACUCCCUCUGGAGAUAUGGACUUCUCAAACGCCUCUCCCAAAACCUCCUCAGACAUGAUCAUUCCUUCCAGAGAACGCGACGAGCACGACUUGAUUGAGUCCAUGUUUGGCUUCUUAAUCGACACUCUGGAUGGUGGGGAUUCGCUGCAAUCACUGAACCGCCUUCUAAAAUCCACCAUCCGAAGCGCUACAGUCGCACCGAAUACCAAGUCGCGUCACGCACCAAUGCUGGGUAGUCUCCCACGACGAAUCUCCACCUCCUUUUCCUUUGACAAGAUUCAGCCGGCCUGCGAGUUCACCUUCGUCGCUGUAGUUAGUCGGAUUCUGCAGCAGCAGAGACUCACUAUCCAGCCAGGGGUUAGUGAGAUGACAUUCCCCGAAAAUGUGGUUCAGCAACUUGUGGCCUUUAUUGAAAGGGCCUGGUACGUUGUCAAUCGCCAAUUGCCCAAACCUCUAAGGGAUGGUGGUCAGUGUCAAAAGAAACCGCAUGAAAUGCUCACUUGGAUUAAAUUGAUCAAUGAUAUUGCUGGAGAUGCCAUUGAUCAACUUGCGCUUCAAGAGCAGUCGGCCAUUCUUCGACGCACCAAGACCAUAAGCGCUGGACAGCGGAUGGAUCUUGAGUCAGGUCGCCAUGUGCUCCCACGAGCGCGAAGUUUUUUGCCGCCGCAUACUCCGUCAUUCUUGGCCACGGAAGGCGGGGUCGCUUCCUCAUGGCUGCAAUCUACGCGCCACGUGCACAUCGUUUCUCCUAGCGCUCUUCCCGACUCCAGGCAGACGUCCGUGGUGCAAGAAUCCUCUACCCCAGCUUCUAUGAUCUCACCAGCCGAUUCGCAGUUGACUGGCGUUGACUCUGAUGACAUCAGUCUCGCCACAACUCGCCGCGAUUCCGAACCAACAGCCUCUGUUCAUAGCCUCCUCGGACGUCGUACACAACUUCGUCGCAACGCCUAUCCGCUGCGUUAUGUAAAACGCGCCAUCACGCCGCUCAACACCACGUCCUCGUCCGAUUUAGAGAAGCGUCACCAGCAUAGCCUCGAUAAAACUGAGCUGAGUGACUUGAAACAAAUCAAUGCCCAAAUUACUGAAGAACUGAAAGAAGUCACUCGGAAUUACAAUCAACUACUUCGAGAUGAACUUGAAAGGAGGGAGACCUACAUCGCAGCACUUGAACGACUGACUAAAUCUUCAUUGUCUUUGAACGACGUACUUGCAUCACCUGCUCUUGGUGUUGGCGAAGGAACUCAUAUCUACGCUGGCAUUUCCAAUGGCUUCCCUCCCCUUUCUAAUUGGUUAAGCGAACUUGGAAUCCCCAUGAGUGAAAUUGAAAUAAUUAUCAAUCACAAAAUCGACCCGAAUGACUUCCUGGAGUUGAUUACAAAGGACGACCUCUGGAGAUUGGGACUCAGGCAAGUAGCUAAGGUUGAAAUUGCUCUCAUAGUCUUUCGGCCACUUUUCACUGAGCCUUUAAGCCUUUUCCACUACGACUACGUCUACGUAAGGCUUGGCUCGUGCAAAAUGUUUUAA